AUGACAGGCCAUGUCAUAACGCUCGGCCUGCUCCCUAACCAAAUACUUUCUCCCUCUCCCCGCAUACUCCCCGCCCCCCUCAGGUACAACUUCAUGCCCUUGGCGCGAGGUACAGCCAUGACAGGCCACGUCAUCACGCUCGGUCUGCUCCUCGCCAUCGACCUCCACGCCUCCCAGCCCAUCCCUCCUGCCGUCCAGUCCAUCCUGUGCCCCUCAGCCGCCCUCUUCCUCCGCUCCGUCUCCUCCUGGCUCUACCCUUCUCUCACCCAUGAGCCGCGCCUGAAGGAGCUUAUGAGUGUUGAAGAUGCAUUCCCUUCCCUGGGUGACGUGGUGGAAGUGCUCAGUGCUGCGGACAUUGAGAAGGACGGGGAGAGGGAGAAGGAGAAGGAGAAGGAGAAGGAGAAGGAGAGGAAGGAGAAGGAGAAGGAGAAGGAGAAGAAGGAGAAGGAGAAGGAGAAGGAGAAGGAGAAGGAGAGGAAGGAGAAGGAGAAGGAGAAGGAGAAGAAGGAGAAGGAGAAGAAGGAGAAGGAGAGGGAGAAGAAGGAGAAGGAGAAGGAGAAGAAGGAGAAGGAGAGGGAGAAGAAGGAGAAGGAGAAGGAGAAGAAGGAGAAGGAGAGGGAGAAGAAGGAGAAGGAGAGGGAGGAGAAGGAGAAGGAGAGGGAGGAGAAGGAGAAGGAGAGGGAGGAGAAGGAGAAGGAGAGGGAGGAGAAGGAGAAGGAGAGGGAGAAGAAGGAGAAGGAACACAAGAGAGAGAAGAUGGUAAAGGAGAAGGGAGAACAAGAGAUGGCGGCAGCUGCAGAGUCCAGGCGGUAUUCAGCCAAGGGGAGAGCUGGUGCCCGUCCAAAGAAGCGGUGGGGCAGCGACGUGACUCUCGAAGCAGCAGUGGGGCUGGUGAGUGGCAGUGGGGCUGGUGAGUGGCAGUGGGGCUGCUGGAGGAGCAGGGAGAGGAGUCGGCAGGGCUGCUGGCGUGUAGGGGCCAUUGCUGCCCCCUCAUAUCCUCCCCUCACCUACUUCCUCCCCUCCAAAUGCCACCAGUUGGAGGAGCAGGGAGAGGAGGAGUCGGCAGGGCUGCUGGCGUGUAGGGGCCAUUGCUGCCCCCUCAUAUCCUCCCCUCACCUACUUCCUCCCCUCCAAAUGCCACCAGUUGGAGGAGCAGGGAGAGGAGGAGUCGACAGGGCUGCUGGCGUGGAGGGGGGCGGCCAACUCCCUCACAGGCCACCACACGCAGGCCAUCACCGACCUCACCAAGCUCCUGCCGCCGCAUUUACGUUCUCAGCUGCCGGCGUCUCAAUCGCCGCGACCUAUCCGCCGUCGCCACUACUCUCGCACCGCUUUUCUUCCUUGCGGGGCAUUUCGCCGCCGCCGCCGCUGCUUCACUCGCCGCGGGGCAUUUCGCCGCCGCCGCCACUGCUCCCACUCGCCGCGGGGCAUUUCGCCUCCGCCGCCACUACUCCACUCGCCGCGGGGCAUUUCGCCGCCGCCGCCACUGCUCCCACUCGCCGCGGGGCAUUUCGCCACCGCCGCCUCUGCUCCCACUCGCCGCGGGGCAUUUCGCCGCCGCCGCCACUGCUCCCACUCGCUGCGGGGCAUUUCGCCUCCGCCGCCACUGCUCCCACUCGCCGCGGGGCAUUUCGCCUCCGCCGCCACUCCUCCACUCGCCGCGGGGCAUUUCGCCGCCGCCGCCACUGCUCCCACUCGCCGCGGGGCAUUUCGCCGCCGCCGCCACUGCUCCCACUCGCCGCGGGGCAUUUCGCCUCCGCCGCCUCUACUCACUCGCUGCGGGCAAUUUGCCGCCGCCACUGCCUCUCCUCGCUGCAAGACACUUCGCCGCGGCUGCUCCUACUCUCCCUCGCCGCCAGGCACUUAGCUACUGCCUCAUCUCUUCCUCCCCGCCGCUCCCUCGACCCUUCCCCCCCCCCCCCAUUGCUUCCGCCCACCGUUUCCUCUCCCGCUGCCUCUCUCAUACUAUCUCUGCUCUCCGCCUCUCCUGCCACGCUACUGCUCCCAAUCCUCUCCCACAAUUUCAACACUCUCUCCAUUGAUCGGCUCGAGCUCGCUCCCGAUCAGAGCGCUAUCAACUGGUACUCCUACACAGGGAGCAUGUGCCGCCUCCUCGGCGUCAUCCACAUCCCCAACACCUCCUCCACCCUCCUCGACCUUGUCCUCCGCCAUGCUGCCGCUCUCCCGCCAACGCCCCCUAUGUCCCCUGGAUCGGCCCCUACUCUCCCGCCUGACCCUGGACCUGAACCUGACGAACCAGAUCUGCCCGCUGCCUCCACGGAUCCUGUUCGCCAAGCCGCUGAUGAAGCAGCCUACGAUCUCGAGCGGCGUCGGUUCCUCACGCUCCGAGCGGACCAUCGUGCGGCUCGCGAGCAAUACGACAUGCGCCAAGCUGCCAUAAUAAAUCACCGCACCAUGGCUGACCGCUACACUCUCGCGCUCGCUGAAUAUACCGCUAAAGCUGCUGCUUGGAAGGAAUCUGACCUUUCUGCCUCUAAUAUUAUCCUUGGUGGUCUCCCCCCCGCUCUAAUGCGAGACUUUCAGGAACAAGAGCUUCACGCACCUGCCCUUUGGGCCUCCCUUCACGCCAUGUUUGAGCGCCAUGACGUCAACUCCGUGGGGCUGCUCCUUGACGAAUACUGGGAGACAACGCUCGCAACCUGCACUGGUGCCGUCGCCUACACCGGCCGCAUGACCUCUCUCGCCAAGCGACUUAAGGCUCGCCAGUCCGAACUCCCCCAGUUCAUCCAGAUAGAUCGCCUUCUCCGCGGUCUCAACCCGUCCUACGACAUGCACGUCAUUGCCUUCCGCGAAAAUCAGCCGUUUGCGGAUGUUGCUGCUGUUAACUCAACGCCACCCAGACACGCGGUGGUGGGCGUGGUGGUGGUCGCGGUGGCGGACGUGGAGGUGGGCGUGGUGGCGGCCGUGGUGGUGGACGUGGUGGCACCUUUGGUGGACGCACUCCUUCUUGCACGGGCGGCCCUGGAGGAAGUGGACGUGGUGUGA